CAUGGAUCCACACAACAAAUGUAAUCUAUAUUAGUGAUGCACAAAAGUGUGUAUGGAAUGAACAUAAGUAACAAUAACAACCACGAACAACUUGAUCUAGAGAAACAUUCUAUGUAAUUUAUUAAAUAAUUCACCAACAAUAAUGAUAGGAUGACCAUAUAUUCUUACCAUGUUGUGUUUACCACCUUAUGUGUUGAUGAAUACUAUAUUGGUUUAAUGGGUCAUGAGAGGUGGGACUCAUUAAAGCAAUAUACUAUUGACACAUAAGGUGGUAAACACAACAUGGUAAGAAUACAUGGCCAUCCUAGCAUUAUUGAUUCACCGAUAUGCAUCAAUAUGCAAGACUCACUAUAUUCAAAAAAAUAAUAGAAUCUAUUAUACCACAUGACAAGCCACAUAAGAGGUGAAAAGGUUCGGUGAAAUACUCAUAAAAUGAUAUAUAGCAUCCCUCUUCUCAUGACUUUAUUUGUUUAAUAAUACUAUAAUGACCACAAUUUUUUACCAUAUUAGGUUUUACCAUCUCAUGUGUUACAACUUCAUUGCAAACAAACAUCUCAUCUAUUACAGCUGCAUUGCAAACAUACAUGAGUGGUGGAAGUAUGUUUCCAAUGCAGUGGUGAAACAUGAGAUGGAAAACAAAAUGUGAAAAGAAAUUUGUGGUCAGUGUAGAAUUAUUGAUAUUUGUUUUUUGUAUUCUUUGUGAGGCGAUUACCUGAUGUUCAUGUACUCGCGAAGGUAUGCCUAACUUUCUACAUCACAUCUCCACAUCUGAAAACCAUCAAGUGUUUUUUGGGUGCAAACUAAAGAACUGCUCCAUGUUUCCCAAAGAACAGGUCUUCUACUUCUAAUCAGCUUUUGGAAUUCCUUAUAAAGCAAGAAAUGCAUCUGCUGCCACCAUCCAUCAAAAACUGAUAACCAGUACUCUCUCUCUCUCUCUCUCUCUCUCUCUCUCUCUCUCUAUACAUUAUUAAGUUCAACAUGGUCCAUAUUUGUAGCUGAUUGUUAUACAACAUUUCACCUAAUUUUCAUCAAUAAUAAGUUUUGAUCACUUUAUAAGUUGUAUGUUUGGAUCUGGCAGAGUAAACCAGAGACAAAACCGUAGGGUAAUUCAAUAAAAAGAGAUGGGAAGAGGAAAAAUUGUCAUCAGAAGAAUUGAUAAUUCGACGAGCAGGCAAGUGACUUUCUCAAAGCGCAGAAAUGGAUUGCUUAAGAAAGCCAAGGAACUAUCAAUUCUUUGUGAUGCCGAAGUUGGAGUGAUUGUCAUCUCCAGUACUGGGAGGCUCUAUGAAUUUGCAAGCCCUAGCAUGAGAUCAAUAUUUGAACGAUACAACAAUGAGCAGGAGAAUCAUCAGCUUUUGAGUCCUACUUCAGAAGCCAAGCUUUGGCAAAGGGAGGCAGAAAGCUUAAGACAACAGUUAAACUACUUGCAAAAAAGCCACAGAAAAUUGACGGGAGAAGAACUUUCGGAUUUGAGUGUGGAAGAUCUGGAAAAUCUAGAAGGCCAAUUGGAAACGAGCUUGAAGGGUAUCCGAACAAAAAAGCACCAAAUUUUAACUGAUGAAAUACAAGAAUUAAACCAGCAGGGAGUUAUUAGUCAUCAAGCAAAUAUGAAAUUGUAUAAGGAGGUUAAUGUCCUGCGACGAGAUAAUGCAGAAUUACAUAAAAAGGCUUAUGGAGCAAAUGACGUAAACAGAAGUUCCUUCAAACCAUAUGGUUGCAGCAAUGGAUAUGACUUACAUGUACCUAUACAACUGCAGCUAAGCCAACCGCAACAAACACACAAUGAAACACCAGAAACGCAAGGAAUCUAGGGUAGUCUUUCUGCUAGGUACUCUGAAGAAAUAAAUCAGAAACUAACAGUACCAGAUCAUAUUCUUUUAACAUUAAUUCUGUCACAUCUUCUUCGAAAUCACAGAUGAUUACAACUGCCUUAACAAAGCAGACAGACAACUGUGGGGAAUAUAGUCAAUUUUCAUCAACUACUUGCCCUGGAGUGACAAAAAUCAUUGUUUGCAAACAAGAUUGUGUGUGUAAGAUAGUGGAAAAUAGACAUUCAGUAUAAACAUCAACAAUUUCGUAAUGAUAUGGUACUUGGAUUAAACUUAAGAUUGUUGUGGUAUGAUCAAUCACCUUGUGGUAUGAUCAAUCACCCACCAACUUAAUGUAACAAUUAGAAAUAAUAAGUUAUUUCAGGGUCCAAGUAAAAUUUUAGAUGUUUUAUUAUCAAAAUUUUUAAAAUAGACAUUUUGACCCCCACCAAUUCAACGCUGAAUUUUCCAUACUUAAUUUUCAGUUUUAUCAAGCAGCCUCUAAAAUGAUUGGAAAGUUAGGGAUGAUUAGUUAGGAUUCUUUAGGCUUAUUUCUUAUUACAAUUGAAAACAUUUAGUCAUUACACAAUAAGAUUAUGGCUUACGAAAAUAAGGCCAUGAGUUUAAGUAUUAACAAUAACACUUUUCACCAAAAGAAUAAAAUUGUUUUCUUUUUAGUCUAAUCACCCUCGCCGAGUCUAAAAGCGCAAUUUGACUCAACGAAAAGGUUGUGUAUAUAUAUUGCUUCAUGCAGUGGGUCGUCUUUUUUUCAACCCUUGAACUGAGUUAGAUUCAGAUCCAUUUCUGUUUUAUAAUUAAAAAAAAUAAAAUAAAAAUCUCCCAAUUUCAUUAGAUGGGAUUGUAUCAAUUUUGUAAAUAACAACUCCCUAAAAGAGAACCAACAAAUAUAAAUAUACUAUCAAUCACUGACCCCAAUGGCAUAUAGAAAAAUGCCUGGUAGCUCCACAGACAAAGGGCUCAAAUGGCCCGAAUGUCUCACUCUCUUUCUCUUUCUCUUUCUUUGUUUUUCUUUCCCUUUCUUUUUCUUCUCUAUCUCUCUUCUUCUCCAACAGAUUUUCUCUCUUCUCUGUAUCUCUCUCCUUCUCCAAAAGCAUCCCUCUCAUGCCUGAGAGAUUUUGCAAAUUCUGAUUCGAUUUCACUAGAAAGGAACCACGAUCUAUGGCUGUGUCAACAGAUUUGGGUUUGAUUUUUUUAUUUUGACUGUGGAUUUGGUUUUGAUUUUGGAUUUUAAUUUUGAUUCUGAGUUUGGAUUCAGAAAACCCCAAAAUCAACAUAAUGAAAAUGAUUAAUUUCAACAAACAAAUGAUUUAUUAGUUGUGUUAUGAUUUGUAUUGUUGUCUGGUUUUUGUUGGUUUUGAAGGCGUUAUGAUAUAUAUGCAUACACACACUGAUAUAUAUAUGUAUUGUGAACACGGAUAUUGGUUUUAUAGCCGGCGGCCAUAAAAAAACCGCCGGCCAACUUUGAGCUUGAUUUUUCUUGUUCUGUUCUGCUGCUUUUUUGUUUACUUUUUUUUUUUUUUUUUUUAAAUUGUGGUUGUGGGUUUGGUUUU